GACGCUCACGGCUGGAGGAGGAAGGUUUUGUGGAAACUUGAGGACAUGCGGCGUCUCCCACAAACUUUCCGCAAAGUCAACUUGGUCCGCGGAGCCGGAGGACCCCGGCGCUGACGGCAUGAACUGAGGAGAAAGCGGAGAAGAGGAGGAAGAGGAGCCCCGAUCACUCCCAUUGAUCUUCAACCGAGGGAUCUCUCAGUGAAGAUGCACACGGCGGCGGCGUCAGUGGCGGCGGCGGCGGCUGUGUGUGUGUGUGUGUGUGUGCUGAGCCUGACUGCAGCGCACUCCACACACAACCUGAUGCAAGACCAGGAGGACGCACACACGCAGAGCCAUGAAGCGUCCGGGGAGCAGAAGAGGCAGCCGCACAUCAUAUUUAUCCUCACUGAUGAUCAGGGCUACAACGACAUCGGCUACCACAACCCGUCCAUCAAGACCCCCACACUGGACAAGCUGGCGGCCGAGGGCGUGAGGUUGGAGAACUACUACGUCCAGCCCAUCUGCACUCCGUCACGCAGCCAGCUCAUGACCGGCAGGUACCAGAUCCACACGGGACUGCAGCACUCCAUCAUCAGACCUCGCCAGCCGAGCUGUCUGCCUUCACACAUGGACACGCUGCCGCAGAGGCUCCAGCAGGCCGGCUACGCCACGCACAUGGUGGGCAAGUGGCACCUGGGUUUCUACAGGAAAGCGUGUCUGCCCACCAGGAAAGGUUUUGACAGUUUCUUUGGCUCCUUAACAGGAAGUGUUGGUUACUACAGCUACGGGUCCUGUGACGGCCCAGGCCUGUGCGGGUUCGAUCUCCAUGACGACGAGGACGUGGCGUGGGGUCAGGGCGGGAGGUACUCCACCCUGCUGUACACGCAGAGGGUCCGGAAGAUUCUGGAGCGCCACGACCCCACAGCCAGGCCGCUCUUCCUGCUGCUGUCCCUGCAGGCGGUCCACACCCCCCUGCAGCCCCCCAAGUCCUACAUCUACCCCUACCGCGACAUGACCAACGUCGUCAGGAGGAAGUUUGCCGCCAUGGUUUCCACGGUGGACGAGGCGGUGCGCAACGUCACCUACGCCCUCAGGAAGUUCGGCUACUACCGGAACAGCGUCAUCAUCUACUCCACCGACAACGGGGCCCAGCCGUUCACAGGCGGCAGCAACUGGCCUCUACGGGGCCGCAAGGGUACGUACUGGGAGGGGGGAGUUCGUGGCGUGGCGUUCGUGCACAGCCCCCUGCUGAGGCGCAGGAGGAGAGUCUCCAACGCUCUGCUCCACAUCACCGACUGGUUCCCCACGCUGGUGAACCUGGCCGGGGGCAACGUCAGCCAGAGCCAGGGCCUGGACGGGUUUGAUGUUUGGCCAGCCAUCAGCGAAGGGAAGGAGUCACCUCGUCAUGAGAUCCUUCACAACAUCGACCCUCUGCACAAACCUGCCGCUCCAAUGAAGGCCUGGGCCGACCACAAGACGGCCCCUGGGAAGAAGAAGAAGGGAGCCUCAGGUACUACAAUUAAAGCCAAGGCCUCCAAGAAGCCCAAGAAGAAGGUCAAGAAGCAGCAACCAAAGCAGUGGUCUAAGUUUGGGUCCAAGUUAAAGACCUCUCUGGAGCCGUGGGACAUUUCUCAGCACGUACCUAAGCCCAAGCCCAAAUCCAGGCCGCUUCUCAAAGCCAAGAUCAAACCCAAAACUCAAAAAACAAAAUUCAAACCUAAACCCAGGCCCCUUCCCAAAGCCAAGAUUAAACCCAAAGCUGAAAAAUCAAAACUCAAACCCUUAUCCAAGUCUCAAGUCUUUUCUCAGCCCGAGCCCGUCUCACUGAACCAGCUGCAUGUGCGGUCCCAGUCCGGUCCGUCUCUCCACCAGAACCUUUCGCUGUCAGGACCGCCCCGGCCCAAAUCCCAAACUCAGACCCACCCGCAUUUCAAGUCGAAGCCCAAGCGGGACAUUUCCCAGUACCAGAACCUGUCGCUGUCAGGAACACCCCACCCCGACGUCACGACUCGACCCACGCCCCCGCUGACGCUCCAGUCCUCCCAGUCGGCCGAGCCGGUGUGGGACACAUCGGUCCAGGCUGCCAUCAGAGUCGGGGACUGGAAGCUGCUCACAGGAGACCCGGGCCAUGGAGACUGGGUUCCCCCGCAGGUGGUCAGCAGUCUCCCCGGCCGCUGGUGGAACCUCGAGCGCGCCUACGCAUCCGCGUACAAAACGGCCGCCCAGAAAACCGUGUGGCUGUUCAACAUCACAGACGACCCGUACGAGCGCUGGGACCUGGCGGAGCGGCGGCCCGACGUGGUGCAGCGCCUGCUCGCCCGGCUCGCCUUCUACAACCAGACGGCGGUGCCGGUUUACUUCCCGCCGGACGACCCGCGAGCCAAUCCCGACCGGCACGGGGGAGCCUGGGUGCCCUGGGUGGACGAAGACGAGGAAGAGGAGCAGUACAAAGGGGUGUACGAGAAAGGCAAGACCAGGAAGAAGAAGAAGAGGGAAAAGAAGAGGAAAAAGAAGUGCAUGCUGUGCAAGCUGAAGUCGUUCUUCAUGAACCUCAACACCCAGAUGAUGUCCAAUCGGAUUUGAGACGGGAAACAAUUCAGAGACUGUUUAAAAAAAAUGUUUAUCUUCAGUGUUUUGUUUUUUGUGGAUUCAGAUUUUAUAGUGUUAUUUUUGUGCUUUCCUUCAUUUUUACUUCUUAAAACUAGUGAAAAAAGUGAUAAUGGGCGAGUUAAUUCCAGCAGGUUCAUCUGAAAUGAGCCCGUUUUAAGAAUUGUACUAUAGCAAAAUAUGCCAUUCCACUUUCUUUUUAGAAAAAAUCAAGUCAAAGUCGAUAAUCGUUUACCUGUUUUGUGCCUUUUUAUAUAUUGUUGGUUACAUGUUAUCCCCCUGAGGUAAGCAUUUCUAAAUUGUGUGUACGCUGUUAACAGAAACCUUGUAACACACUGUGACGUAAUGAUGGGCACAUGAAGGAUCGCAUGCUGUCCAAAAUUGUGAAUUUACUAUUUAAAUCAUGUUUGUAUGUGCUCAUCACUAUGUCGCAGUGUGUUAGGAAGCAUUGGUUAACUGUUUAUACUUGAUUUAUAAAUGCUGCUUUGGGCCGAGGAGGGUGGGUCAGUGUAAAAUGUUUCUCAUGUUUUAUUUAGGAAACAGAAGAAAAUCUAUAUGUGGAAUGAGUAUCUUUUCGACACGACUGUGUAUGUCUGAAUGACCCAUUUGUGGAAUUCAAUUGCGGUGUACUGUGUCAAGACUUUAUGCAAUAAGAUUUCAGAAAUGAGGUGACGGAGACUAUCAGUUUGGAGGUGAAGUGCGAGGCUUCAGAUUCAGGCUUUUCGGUUCCCAGGAAAAGAUGGUUUCCUAAUCCCUGUACGAGGGUUACGACCACCGCCCGAUGUUUCAGGUGACAUCACAGAGUCUGUAUCCACUGUUUCUGCGUCAACUGUUUGUUUCACUGACUGUUUUUCACUUACAAAUCGACAAGAGUUCUUGAUACAAGGACUGACGCUGUGUGACAUCUAAAUGUAUCUUGACACUGUAAAUGGUUAAAGGAAAGCUCCAAGGUUUGGGCAAAAAAUUUUCCCGACUUCCCCAGACUGAGACAAGAUGUUCGAUACCAUUUUCACCUCUGUACGUCCAGUAAUUCAGUUACCAUGGGUAGCAUUUCGUGUUAGCUUAGCAUAAAGACUUGAAGUCUAUGGGAGUCGUUAGCCUAGCUCUGUCAAAGUGAACAAAAUAAACCCUACAGCAACUCCACAGCUGUCUUAUUUACAAAGUGGAUCAUGGGGAUUCAAAAUACACAUCACUGCUAGCUAGGCUAAUGACUCCCAUAGACUUCAGUUCUUUAUGCUAAGCUAAUACAAAAUGCUACCCAUAGGAAUCAAAGCACUGAACGUACAGAGGUGAAAAUAGCGUUGAACAUCUUGUCUCAGUCGGGGUAAAGGGUCGGAAAAAGGGUACUUUGCCCAAAAUGUAGGAUUAUUCCUUUAAGUUUGUGUUGUUUGUUAACAUUUGAACAAAAUGGACCGAUAUUUUUGAGUUGAGUUUGAAUCAGAAAGUUGCAAAGAGAUUAUUUUUUUACCAGAAAGCCAUAGUUUUCAAGAAUGUAUGUGUGAAGCGAUAUGCAGAGCGUUUUGGUCUAUGUUUACACCUGUGAUUGAUGUACUUAAAAACCCAAAUUGGGGCUUUGAUACCGAUGUUUACCUUAUGCAAUGAAAAUGCAUGCAUCUUAUUUGCAUCUCUGUAAAUGUCACUUGUAGUGCCAACAGUUUUCCUUUUUCUCUGUUUCUCCGUCUGUCACAAACAAGGAAACAAGAUGAGAGAUUUUAAGGAUUUUUACAGUUUCCAGUUACACACUUGCAGUGAUGAUAAAGGUUUUUUUUGUUUUGUUUUUUUUGAUACUGUGCUCGUAUGAACGUAUCUGCAGCGCCGUACAUCGAUGAACUUCAGCAUCCUUCCUACUACUGUGAACAGAGCAAAAACCCUCUUGUUGAGAAGUAAUUUCACAUUGUACUGACUCCCAAAAUCUGAUUUUCUGCCACUGACUGAAAUAAUUCAACUUAAUAACAUUCACCUUGUUGUAAAAAAAAAAAA